UGGCUUUAGUGUGCAGUUUGUAAUUUCACCGAUGUACUUUGCAGCAAAGAGGAUCUCACCUGGUGUGAGCUGACUAUUCAGGACUGGACCAUUCAUUAGCUGGACUAGAAUCGCUGUUUGUUGUUACCAAAGUAACCACAUCAACUGAGCUUACUAUUUCAACAACUUACAAAUCCAUGAUGGGAGACCUUUGACCCAAGGUAACAGCAACAGCCAUUUCAGGUUCUCAAACCAGCAGUUGGUUUCCAGUUGAAUCAGUCUCUGACUGACUGCCUGACAUUAUGGCGACUGCAGCACCUGUGACAGAUGAUGUGAAACACCUGAAGAGGAAGAGCAGCUAUGAAUGGCUGCCACCUUACAUGUCUGAGCUGAGGGUUGUUCUGCUGGGGAACAGCUGGUCUCAGAGGAGUUCAGUGGGGAACAUCAUACUGGGAAAGACUAAGUUCAACACUGAGGAAGAACCAGACUGCUGUCUGACAGAAAGAGGACAGAUAAAGGACAACGAAAUAGUUCUGAUCAACACUCCAGAUCUGCUGUAUCUCAACAUCUCUGGAAACAAACUGUCAGAACAUGUAGAAAACUGUGUGAGACUCUCUGAUCCUGGACCUCAUGUGUUCCUGCUGGUUCUACAGCCUGAAGACUUCACUGAGGAACACAAACGGAGACUCUGCAGACCCGGCCUGUUUGAUACGACUCUGUCUGAUGAUGAAAUUCAACAGGAGCUUGUAAAAUGCAUCAGCAUGUUGUCUCCUGGACCUCACGUGUUCCUACUGGUGCUGCAGCUUGGGAACAUUACACAAGACGAGAAAGACUCUGUGGAACUGAUCAAAAGGGUUUUUGGCAAGAAGUCUAGAGAUUUCAUCAUCAUUAUCUUCACCAGAGGAGAAGAACUGGAAGAUAUGUCAUUUGAGAGUUACAUUGAAGACUGUGAUGACUUUGUAAAAAAACUCAUCAGUGACUGUGGAGGAAGAUACCAGGUCUUCAAUAACAAAGAUGACACAGACAACACACAAGUCACGGAGCUACUGACCAAGAUCGACACCAUUGUGAAGAAAAAUGGUGGUUGUUACACCACUGAGAUGUUCCAGUGGGCAAGGGAAACAAUUCAAAAGGAAGUAGAGCAAGUGAUGAAAAAGGAACAGAGACAGAGUAUCACCGAGAGACAACAAAAAGAAAUGCAACAGCUGGAAACAAAACUAGAAGCACGACUAUCUGAAAUGGAACAAAGAGCUAAACAAGUUGAUGAGCAAAAUCUCUUCCAAUUGCAGAUAGAAAUCAAAAAACUGAAACAAGAACUUGAAGAAACAAAGCGUAAACAGGCUGAAAAGGAAAACAGAUGCCACAUUCAGUGAUAAUGUGGAACAUAGAACAUAUACAAGAAGUCCAGCCAGGAAGUAGUUUUGUUCACCUCUUAAAGAAUCAAUUUGAAUCUUUUGGUGUGUUUAUGUCCUGGUCAUACUGUCAGUUUUGUGUGCUGUAUCUGCAUAUUUUCAAUGAAGUGCCAGAUCAGUAGACAUGUUUCCACUUUGCUGGUGCAGAUCUUUGACUUAAUGAGUGGACAAACUAGACAAAGCUAUCUCAAAUGAAAAAAGCCCUUUCUGUUCUCUUCAGAUCUGCACUGGAUAACAGCUGUCUGAAAGGUAUAAUAACUGAUAUUAAUCACUCCUUAAAGGCCUAUCGUCAAUGAGUUGAACAAGUGUAACCUUGUUAUAGGGAACCUGACAUCUCUCUCUCAUUUUAUAUUGUCUGGACUAAAACUGUAAAUGUAAAUUAUUCCAAUCCAUUUGUUAAACUUUCCUGGCAGUUUUUGGCUGAAUGAGGUGUGUACUUCUCUGGCGGUGACAUGGCAUGGUUUAUCCGGUUGUUUCCUUCUGAGCUCAACAGAGAGAAAAGACUGUUUUCUACAGGGAAUCUUUCAUGAUUCUCUUAGCCUCAUUCUUGCUGCAAUAAAAAUCCUGCAGGCAGGGUAGAACAGCACCUAUUACAUGUGUGUAACUAAACUGUAGUGCCCCAAAGACAUGAGAAACUUUGUUCUACUCAUUCCUUGCCUGGCGUCAGUCCCACACAUUUAACAUGGGAGGAAAAGAUACGAGGAAAUGGUGAUCAGUGUAGAGGAACAGCCUCUCUGGACUUCCCUUGAACCAGUAUUAUCAAUGAACAAGACCCACGAGACCACCGGGGGUCAGAUGCUUAGGAUUCACCCCUGUAUUACCCCCGACUGGACAAAAACUUCUUUCAGCCAUCCUUAAGCCAAAAGGAGGUAAAAAGUCACUUGGGAUCAAGUUUCAGAUGCCAUCUUAAAGUAUCCAGCCUUGGGGCAAAACGCGGUGAUGAACAACCCACUAGUUGUCGUGAGACAAUGCUUUUUCUCUCAACCAUAUCCUGUCCAUUCGCGUUGCCCCGGGGAAAUCACGCCCUCCACUCUCUUACCAAAUGUUUCUGUGUGACUAAAUUGAAAUGUCUGUUGGAAGUGAAAUUAUACAUUUUAUCCAUAUUUUGUGUUUGGAGUUAUAGAAAUAUAAUUGGGGUUCAUUAAUCAACCUGUUUGCAUGAAUAUGUGCUUCCUCAUUUUGUUUUUCAUUGUAUGACUAUAGGUUGUUUUCAAUUGUAUUCAUUUUAAUUGGAUGUUAAGAACCGAUUUUGACCAUAAUGAGAAGAGUAUGUGCCUAUCGUGCGUAACAUGUCAAAGUAUAUGAUCUCAUAUAAUAAAAAGCAUUAAGUUUCUUUUGAAAUAAAGUAAUAAGCCUGUUUUACAACUAAAAAGACCGCCUUAUCAGACCCGCCCACUUCGGCCGGUUAAAAACAUGCGCUCUCUCUCUCUUGUUCUCUGGUACUCUUUGCUCUUUUCUUUUUUGACUCUUCUCUCUUCUUGUUUUUUUUUUACUUUUUGUUUCUUCUUUUUCGUAUCUUAGCCUCUUUCACAUUUGCGUUUUAGUUAGUUAAUCCAUUUAUACAUACUGUGGAUUUUGUGUUGUUUCAUAUUAUCCUCAUUCAUUUAUUCAGUUG